GUCAACACGUCCAACAAGCGGAUGGGACUGGGCGACCACCAUGGCUGAGAAGAGCCUGCUUCCAACGGAGAAGUCCCGCACGCUAUCUCGAUCAACACAGCCGAUGACGAGCAGGAGGAAUAUGCCACGAAAGAACCUGCCGAUAGCCACCAGAAGAGAGCCGAGCAGGAAACCGGUGGCAGGACUGGACCCUAUGAUCCUCCGCCUCGACGAGCCCAACCAGCCGCCCAAGGCCCUCGUCACCGCCCCCCUCCCCGACGACAUCGACGUCGACCCCUCCGCAACCCCUAAUGUCCUCCACCCUCGAUGGCUUCGACAAGAAUGGUUCUUCUCGCCGAUUGGCAUCCUCACUACGCCCAAGCAGCUCGUCCUCGUCAAGGACCAGCAGACGGGAACCGAGAAGCUCUACUUCUGCGACCGUGAAGGCUGCUCCGUGCACCGCUGCAAUGUCGACAGCAGGCUACGGUGA